ACGUGAACAACGCUAUCACAUGAGAGGCCGAAAUGGCGGACACAACACUGACUUCCGUAGCUCCGACUGCCAAAACAACCGCGGCGGAAACAGGCAAGCUCGACGAUUCUGCUGACAGAGAGCGAGAGACGUUGCUGGAGAACGCGAUUGUUUCCGCGGAGAAGAUACUACUGCUACGCGAGGGCCUGAACGAGUUAAUCGAGAACGGACUGCUCGAGCUGGCGCGCGUGCGGUACUCGACCGGCAACAAAUCUGUGUCCGCCCUGCAGUUAAACAUGGGCGAAGUGGAAGCGCUGCGGACGGUACGCAGUAACUUCGAGGACCAGAACCAACACUACCCUAGCUUUGAACUACUACAGCCCGACGGCACGGGAAGUAGAACCAAAGAAGGCGAAGUCCGUCAGCGUCGUCAGGCAGAGGAUCCCUCAAGGGGGGCAGCGGAGUCGCCUCCGCAGCGCCCGACAAGCCCCACCGAUCCACUGCGCUGGUUCGGCGUGCUCGUGCCCCAGUCGCUGCGGCGCUCGCAAAAGUGCUUCAUAAGCGCACUCGAGGUCGUCGUGGACGUGGCCAACGAGCAGUCCCGACUCGCAGUCGCCUUGGACACCUACCGUACCAGCCGACGGGCAGCGACAGUGCGCGACGUUGAACCGUGAACUGUGAGGACCUUUGGCAAGCGAGGACGUCAAAAACGGUAGCUCGUACGGCAACGGUAAAUGAAAUCGUCUAAUCACGGCGCAGUCAAGCGCACGACGUGAUUAACAGCGAGACAGUGCUGUCUCCAUGUCGAGGCAAGCAAGCAUUCCAUCGACGAAUACGUACAAGUUCCCCAAGAAUUCUGUUACAGUUUCUUGCUACAGACGUUGGUACUUCAGGUGGACCUUUUGUAAGGCGUGUUUGGCUACCCUUUCUCGAUUAAAAAAAAAAAUUGAUACCUUUGCCA